AUGGCGAAUGUGACACCAUUAGAGGGCCUUGAGUGCCUUGAGCAUUGCGAGCAUGAUGUUGAGAGGGAUUACUCUCUCAGUCAGCAGGAGAAGCGGCCGAUUACAGGGAUCAAGUGGUUUCUGCUAGUGGCGAGCACUUUGACAGGGAGCUUUCUCUACGCCUUGGACAAUACCAUUGUAGCCAAUAUUGCACCUGUUAUUGUGAACCACUUUGAGUCUGUUGAAGACUUACCAUGGAUGUCAGUUGGGUUUAUGAUCGGUGCCGUGGCGAUGGUUCUCAUUGUGGGUAAACUGUAUACUCUCUACAACGCCAAAUGGCUGUAUAUCGUUUUCACUGUCAUCUUUGUGGCUGCCUCUGCGCUCUGCGGCGCUGCUCCGACUAUAAAUGCUGAGAUUGUUGGGCGGGUAUUCGCUGGUGUAGGUGGAAAUGGAAUGUAUAUUGGUGUCCUCACGCUGCUAUCGCUGAAUACGACGAGCCGUGAACGUCCACAAUAUCUCAGCCUAACUGGGCUAGUCUGGGGUCUAGGAACAGUCCUCGGCCCUGUUAUUGGCGGUGGAUUCGAGUUGUAUACCUGGCGAUGGGCCUUUUAUAUUAACUUACUGUUCGCUGUCAUCCUACUUCCAUUGUACUUUUUUGUGAUCCCAUCCAACUCAGUAACACCGGGACUGUCACUCCAACAAAAGCUUAAUACAUUCGACUGGGUUGGAGCUAUCCUCAGUGUUGCAGCAUUCACAACUCUAGUGAUGGGGAUCAACUUUGGAGGAACACUGUAUAACUGGGACGCAGCACAGAUCAUUGCUCUUUUCAUUCUAUCGGGUAUAUUAUGGAUAACAUUCGUUGCACAGCAGAGCUUUGCCAUUGUCACAGCCUUCGAGCGCCGCAUUUUCCCCAUACAUCUCCUUAAGCAAAAGGAACCGGCUCUUCUCUUUAUUGCAUGUGCCUCGGCGGGUAUAGUCACUUACUCGAGCGUGUACUAUAUUCCGAUCUACUUCCAAUACACAAAAGGUGAUAAUGCAAUUAUAUCCGCUGUCCGGCUGCUCCCCUUCAUCUGCAUGUUAGUGGUGGCCAUUCAGGGAAGUGGGAUUAUGAUGUCUCGGGUGGGGUACUAUAAGCCAUGGUAUUUGGCAGGAAGUGCCCUUGCACUCAUUCCAGCAGUGUUGAUGUCUACUAUCGUGGAGACACACACAUCGCCCAGCGUGCUAUACGGCCUCGAACUGGUUUUAGGAUUAGGUGCUGGCUUGUACAGUCAAGCAGCAUUUGCUGUGAUCCAAGCUGUCACACCGCCAUCAGAUAGCGUUGACGGUUUGACUCUAAUGAUCCUUGCUCAACUGACCGGACUGACACUGGGCCUGUCCAUUACGGGUGCCAUCUUUGUGAAUGUCGCUCAAAACCGUCUAUACGAAUUGCUACCAAAGCUUCCCCGGGCACAGGUCUCCCGCAUCGUAUCAGGGACCAGCAGUGGACUUCUAAGUACAUUACCAAGGCACAUCCGGGAGCAGGCGCUGGAUAUCAUUGUGCUUGCCUGGCGUGACGUGUUUACGUGUGUCUACGUUGGAGCAGCCAUCAGCCUCGUCUGCGCAAUUUUUCUAGCGAAUAAGCGAGCCAAUAUCAUGGCUGGAGCGGGUGGUGCUUAA